UCUCUCGUUCUUUAGGUAACAGAAAAUAAUCGGUUCAUCUGAUCCUGUGGUUUGUCCAGUCCAUGGCUGCCGAGAUGACCUAUGGAGCCUCCUCUUCCUCCCGUCCGUGGAAGUAUGAUGUUUUCUUGAGUUUUUGUGGUCAGGAUACUCGCACCAACUUCACUGAUUUCCUCUUUAACUGGUUCGUCCGGGAUGGGAUUCACACCUUUAGAGACAAUGAAGAGCUAAACAGAGGAGAAGAUAUCUCUUCAGAACUGAUGGAAGCCAUCGAGGAUUCUAGAAUUGCAAUUAUCAUCUUCUCUAAGAAUUAUGCUUCUUCGACCUGGUGCCUUAGCGAGCUCGCUAAUAUCAUCGAUUGCAAAAAAGAUGGCCGAACGGAAAAGGUUUUACCUGUUUUCUACAAGGUAGAUCCAUCUGAUGUCAGGCAUCAGCGUAACACUUACGCUGAGGCAUUUAAGAGACAUGAAAAGCGUUUCAAGAACCAGAUGGGGAAGGUGAAGUCGUGGAGGGCUGCUCUCACACAAGCUGCGAAUUUGUCAGGAUGGGAUCAAAUAAAGGUUGCAGAUGGGCAUGAGGCAGAGCUUAUAAAGAAAAUUGUUGAUGAAGUGUUGACAAUAGCGAACCAGACAUGCUUGCAUGUCGCAGAACAUCCAAUUGGGUUAGAUUCCCACAUUGAGCACAUAGGCGGUUUGUUAAAAGAUGGAUUGGAUGUUGUUCGUAUCAUAGGGAUAUACGGCUCUGGAGGAAUAGGUAAGACAACUAUAGCAAAGGCAGUUUUUAACAACAUCUUUAGAAGUUUUGAAGGUAGCAGCUUUCUAGCUAAUGUUAGAGAGGUUUCGAGUCAACAUAACGGUUUCGUUCUCUUACAAAAACAGCUUAUGUCUGAUAUCUUAAAGAAAAAAGACAUAGACAUAUGCAAUGAGGACCGAGGAAUCAUUAUUAUCAAAGAACGUCUACGUUGUAAAAGAGUUCUUAUUGUUCUUGAUGAUGUGGAGAAAAUGGAACAAUUCUAUAAAUUGGCUGGAAGGUAUGGUUGGUUUGCUCUAGGAAGUCGAAUCAUCCUAACAACUAGAGACGAACAUUUGCUAAAUAAGCUCGAGGUGGAUGAAAAAUAUUUGGUCAAGACAAUGAAUCAAAAUCAAUCCCUUCAACUUUUCAGCCGCCAUGCCUUUCGACAAGAUCAUCCAUUAGAAGGCUAUGAGCUGCUCUCAAAUGAGAUAAUAUGUUAUUCAGGAGGGCUUCCAUUAGCUCUUAAGGUUUUAGGUUCGCUUCUAUGCAAAAAAAUUCAAGUUGAAUGGGAAAGGGAAUUGAAGAAGUUAAGGAAGAUUCCCAAUGAUCAGAUUUUAGAGAAACUUGAAAUAAGUUAUAAUGCAUUAGAUGAUUUUGACCGGACCAUAUUCCUUGAUAUAUCAUGCUUUUUCAUUGGAAUGAACAAAAACGUUGUCAUUACAAUUCUAGAUGCUUGUGGUGUGGGUGGAGAAGCCGGAAUUAAACUUCUCACAGAGAGGUCUCUAGUAACAAUUGAUGAACAUAACAUGCUAUGUAUGCAUGAUCUGAUACAAGACAUGGGAAGGGAAAUUGUUCGCAAACAGUCUCCUAAGAAGCCAGGAGGACGUAGUAGGUUGUGGGAUAUUGAUGAUGUCAUUGAUGUAUUGAUAAACCUCUCUGGAACUGAUGCAGUUGAAGUCCUUCGAUUAAACUUGCUUCGAUAUAAUGCGGAACAGUUUGGCAUGUUAACCACUUUAGGAUUUUCUAAAAUGCCGAAUCUAAGAUUCCUCGAUGUUCCUACUAAUCCGGUACAAGUAUAUGGAGUUGAUAGUCGAAUAUUCUCCAUUGAUACAGAUUGCGAACAUUCUCUUCAAGAACAGGUUUCUUGUUUCAGAAAGUUAGUUUGGGUUAGAUGGGAAAGGUUCCCCUUUGAAUGUAUACCAAAUAAUUUUCACCUUGGGAACCUUGUUAUUCUUGACAUGCAAGGUAGCAAUCUCAAAGAAGUAUGGAAGGGAACCAAGUAUCUCAUAAGGUUGAAGGAACUCAAUCUUAGUAUGUCAAGCUACCUAACCCAUACGCCGGACUUCUCAGGGCUUCCGAAUCUUGAGAAACUAAUUCUUACAUGUUGUGAAAGUUUGGUUGAAGUCCAUGAAAGCAUUGAUCGUCUUGAGAAACUUGUAAACUUGAAUCUGGGGGGUUGCAGGAAUCUGAGGAAUCUUCCAAGCGGUAUUAGUAAAUUGGCAUCGCUUGAAACACUUGAUAUUGGGUGCCAAGAACUAGAAAAAUUGCCCUCUUGUUACAAUUUAAGCUCCUUAAAAUACUUAACUUUGGGAUAUUGCAAUCUAAGAGAUGGUGAUAUACCCGAUGACUUUUGGAAGUUACACUCUUUGGAGUCAUUGGAUCUAUCUUGGAACAACUUUGAGAGCCUUCCAUCCAGCAUUGGCCAUCUUUCAAAACUUCAAACUCUGGAUGUGUCGACAUGUAAGAGACUCAAAUCACUCCCAAUGCUUCCAUCAAAUUUGUGUUCCCUUAAUGCAUCAUUUUGCUGGGAGUUGGAAAUGUUACCAAAUUUGUCAAACUUGAAGCACCUUACGAUGCUCGAUCUUUCAAUGUGUGAAAAACUGAUUGAAAUUGAGGGCUUUGAGGGUUUGAAUUCUGCAAAAACGAUAACGUUAGAUGGCUGCUUCAAUUUGAAAAGUUGUGUCCAGAAGACAAUCUUUCAGGACAUUGGCAUUGCGAGCAUUGUCGAGUGUGACAUAUUUUUUAAUGGGAAUGAGGUUCCAGAGUGGUUUGAGUUUCAAAAUGAGUCGUCAGAUUCAUUAUCUUGUCAGGUUCCUCAACUUCCAAACAUGGAGAUUCAAGGGUUGAUUAUAUGCAUUGUUUUAACGGAGCUCGGAGAACAAUUUACUGCAACUCGUGGCAUAAUUGGCGGAGUGCUUCGAGUUCAUAAUAGAUCAAUGGCUUCAAUGGCUGGAAAGGUUGUAGUUCAAAAUAAAUCAAAGGAUUUGACAUGGAGUCGCACCCUUUAUAUUCCACUUUGCGGUGAAGAAGAGACUACUUGGGUGAUUAAGAUACCAAAUUGUGUUGGAUCGAGACCAUCCUCUACCCAACGAUCUCAUCUGGUUAAGCAUACAAAUAAGAAUCAGGUAAUAAUGGAUUUUUUUCACACCGGAAGACUUUUGCCCAAAUCAAUUGUUGAAUAUGGGGAUACUCUGGAAGUUUCUACUCUUCUUUUGGAUUCCGACCUUGUGGAAUCUCCAGUUGUGAAGAAAAUUGGGGUUCAUUUCUUAUAUGAUUCAUCAAAGUAUGAGAAUGAGAAUGUCCAAAUCUUUGAUGAUGCGUCGACACAACAUGAGACUGUAUCCGAGGAAAAUUCUGAAGCAUCGUCCCCAAGCAUUCAAUGUUUUGGAUUCCUUCGAUCAUUUGGGAUAUGUUUGCAAUGUUUUGGAUUCCGUCCAUAG